UAAUAAAAAUAAAAAUCUUGAAUCCACAGUUCCACACAGAGAGACGGAGAGAGAGGACGGCGGAGCUGAGGUCCUGAGGAGAACUACAGAACUACAGAGUACAGAUGAUUGUAAUCUGUUACGACUGACGAGAGAUAACGGUAUAAGCUACUCAAUUCGACUUCACUAUCGUGUUUCUGGUGAAUCGGGGUAUCCACUUGAGACUCUGAGAACUUGCUUGGAAUGGAGGAAACAGAAAAUGCUGAGAAAAAGUCUUGUCCUGAAUCCUCUUUACCUGCUUCAUCAUCUAGCCAAGAAAAUGGUCCUGUUGAUUCUGAAGUGGCAACUACAACAAUUGCUAAUGAAAAAGUAGCAAUUGGCCAAAAAAAUGGUGUUACAGAAGAUCCUAAAGUUGUAGUUGUACAAGAUGCUUCUGAUGGUCCAGCAUCAGACCAGGAUGGACUUCAUACAAUAGAGAGCCUAGAAAGUUUACAGCCUAAAGGUGAAGAAAUGCUACCAGAGUCCUCAGAAGCUAAUCUAUUACCUUAUUCAUCCGAUGUCUCAGAAGCACAUCCAACUGAUACAACAAAGCAUCCUGAUAAUGUUUCCUCUGAUAGCAUUGAUGCUGUUCAAGUUAAUGCUGCACCAACACCAUCUAAUGGCUCCGUUGAAAUAAGGAGCUCUGAAAAUGAUGAUCAUGUUCAGCAACUAGAAGAGCCUGUUCUAUCCCAAAUAGAGGAUACAAGUGUUGCCCAUAAAACACCAGAGUCCACUGAUGUUUCUCAACAUGUAAAACAGGUUGAUGUAUAUAGAGGCCUUGUUGAUACUGCAGCACCAUUUGAGUCUGUUAAAGAAGCUGUUUCUAAAUUUGGAGGAAUUGUUGAUUGGAAAGCCCAUAGAAUACAGACUUUGGAGAGGCGCAGGCUUGUAGAAAAAGAACUCGAGAAGGCAAAAGAAGAGAUUCCUGAGUAUAAGAAACAGGCAGAUGCUGCUGAAGAAGCAAAGACUCAAGUACUGAAGGAGCUGGACAGUACCAAGAGACUCGUAGAGGAAUUGAAGCUGAACCUGGAGAGAGCACAAACUGAAGAAGAGCAGGCAAAACAGGACUCUGAGCUUGCCAAGCUCAGGGUGGUAGAGAUGGAACAAGGGAUUGCAAAUGAGGCAAGUGUUGCAGCAAAGGCACAGCUUGAGGUGGCAAAAGCCAGGUAUGUAGACGCAAUCAAUGAGCUGAAAUCUGUGAAAUAUGAAUUGGAAGCACUAAAGAGGGAGUAUGCGUCAUUAGUUUCUGAAAAAGAUAUAGCUGUAAAGAAAGCAGAGGAAGCUGUUUCUGCAUCCAAGGAAGUUGAGAAGACAGUGGAAGAUCUGACUCUAGAACUGCUUGCGACAAAGGAAUCUUUGGAAUCUGCCCAUGCUGCACAUUUAGAAGCAGAGGAGCACAGAAUUGGAGCAGCUUUGGUCAGAGAGCAAGAUGCUCUUACUUGGGAGAAGGAACUGAAGCAGGCAGAAGAUGAGCUACAGGCUCUGAAUCAGCAACUUCUGUCUGCAAAUAAUCUCAAACCAAAACUAGAUACAGCAUCAACCUUGCUGCUGAAUUUAAAAGCUGAAUUAGCAGCUUACAUGGAAUCUAAGUUGAACCAGGAAGACAUUGAGGAAGAGGGGAAGCCAAAAAAAGAGCAAGAAGAUCCAAAUAGGAAAACCCAUAUAGAUUCACAAUUGGCAAUUGCUUCAACCAAGAAGGAACUUGAAGAUGUGAGGCUUUGUAUCGAGAAAGCGACAGCAGAAGUAAAUUGUUUGAGGGUUGCUGCCAUGUCACUUAAGUUGGAGCUUGAACAAGAAAAAUCAGCACUUACCUCUAUUCGACAGCAAGAAGGAAUGGCAUCUGUGACAGUUGCAUCUCUUGAAGCUGAGCUGAAUAGAACUAGGUCAGAAGUAGCCAUAGUCCAGAUGAGGGAAAAGGAAACCAGAGAGAAAAUGGUUGAGUUGCCCAAGCAGCUACAGCAAGCAGCUCAAGAAGCAGAUCAAGCCAAAGCACUUGCUCAAUUAGCUCAUGAAGAACUGAGAAAAGCAAUGGAAGAAGCAGAGCAAGCCAAGGCUGGUGCAAGUACCAUGGAGAGCAGAAUUCGUGCAACUCAAAAAGAGAUAGAGGCUGCCAAGGCAUCAGAAAAGUUAGCACUGGCAGCAGUGAAAGCAUUGCAGGAAAGUGAAACAGCUCAUAGUACUCUGGACGAGGAUGGUACUACUGGAGUGACACUUUCUUUGGAGGAAUACUAUGAACUUAGUAAGCGUGCCCAUGAGGCUGAGGAGCAGGCCGACAUGAAGGUGGCAGCUGCCAUCUCUCAAAUAGAGGUGGCUAAGCAAUCUGAACUGAGAAACUUGGAAAAAUUGGACAUAACGAAUAGGGAGAUAGCUGCAGCAAAGGAUGCUUUAGAUGUUGCAAAGGAGAAGGCCGAAAAGGCAAGGCAAGGGAAGCUGGGCAUAGAACAAGAGUUGAGAAACUGGAGAGCUGAGCAUGAACAGCGGCGAAAAGCUGGUGAUACUGUUCAAGGAGUCAUAAACCCCUCUAGAAGCCCAAGGAGGAGCUUUGAGGUUAAGAAAGAAGCAAAGAGCUUUAACAGGGAACCAGAUGCCACAAUUCCUGUACAUGUCCAAAGUCCCAAAGUGGUUACAUCCAGAAACACCAUGGAAUAUAAUGCUUCUCCAGAGGUGAAGUUAGUAAAGAAGAAGAAGAAAUCACUAUUACCGCGUAUUGUCACAUUUUUGUCUAAGAAGGGACAGGUAUCAAAGGCCAUGUAACUUACAUCAUUGUCGGCACACAUUUUUUUUCCUCAUUGUUGUGUUUCUACUUGUUGGGGGGUUUUGAGCCAAGAAAGGCACCCAAAUUGCUGGGAUUCAUCAACGCAGUUUGUACUGUAUAGGCCAGUAAGAACUCCAUGUAUGAUAAGUUCCAUCUCUUCAGAUUUCUGCUCCUUGUGGAUUUCAGAUUUGGUGGCUGUUAAGUAAAGUAAUAAGUUUGUUCGGGCUUUUGUGGGGAGUAGGAUUGAUUGGGUUGAAGGGUAAUAAUUUGUGUUGAAUUUUAUAGGAUUGCAAUCUGGAAGAAACUCAUAUUUAUGUAUCAUGUUUGAGCUUGUGAGAGUUGUGAUUUAAUGAUGUUUAUACAGUACUUCUACCUCAA